AUGGGACACGCCGAUGCGUUUACGAGGCCGCUGAGUUUCACGACAAACGGGACCUUUCAGGUGUCCAUCUUUGAGGAUCUCCAUUUUGGCGAGAAUGCGUGGGAUACAUGGGGCCCUCAGCAGGACAUCAACUCGGUCAAGGUCAUCAACAAGGUGCUCGACCGCGAGUCACCGGGGCUCGUCGUGCUCAACGGCGACCUCAUCACGGGCGAGAACACGUUUCUCGAAAACAGCACGCUCUACGUCGACCAGAUUGUCCAGCCGCUGGUGCAGCGAGGCCUCACCUGGGCGUCGACGUACGGGAACCACGACCACAGCUUCAACAUCUCGGGCGCGGGCAUCCUGGCGCGGGAGCGGCGGUGGCCCAACGCCCGGACGCGCAGCAUGGUGCCCGGCCGGGCGGCGGGCGUGUCCAACUACUAUCUGCCCGUGUACGCGGCCGGGUGCAGCGACGAGCUGCAGUGCUCGCCCGAGCUGCUGCUCUGGUUCUUUGACAGCCGGGGCGGCUUCUACUUCCAGGAGCGGCACCCCGACGGCAGCCAGGUCGGGCAGCCGGACUGGGUGGACGCCGGCGUCGUCGCCUGGUUCCGGCAGACGAGCCAGCGCUUCGUGGCCAGGGCCGGCCGGACGAUCCCGUCGCUGGCGUUUGUCCACAUCCCGACGGAGGCGUCGCAGGCGCUGCAGACGGAGCGCGGGCAGCAGGCCAGCGUCGACAGGCACCGGCAGCCGGGCAUCAACGACGACUAUCCCGUGGCCCAGCAGGCGCAGGGCUGGUGCGCCGACGGGCGCAACGACGGCUCGUGCGGCUACGGCGGGCAGGACGUGCCCUUUAUGCAGGCCAUUGCGUCGACGCCGGGGCUCAUGGCGGUGUUUUCCGGGCACGACCACGGCGCGACGUGGUGCUACCGCUGGGACCGGCUGGUGCCCGGCAUGACGGUGGCAGGGCAAGGCGUCAACCUGUGCUUUGGACAGCAUUCCGGGUACGGGGGGUACGGCAAUUGGAUCCGCGGCUCGCGGCAGGUGAGGCUCGAUCUGAGGAGCUUGAGGGCCGAGCGGUGGGAGGCCGAGACGUGGAUCAGGCUGGAGAGCGGCGACGUGGUGGGCGACGUGGUGCUCAAUGGGACGUAUGGGAGGGAUUGGUAUCCUGCGACGCCGAAUACGAUGACGUAUUGCCCGACGUGCAACUACACGGUGGUUACGCCUGGUCCGGGGUCUUUUCAGAGAAAGAUGAGUCCCGUGAGGCGGAGGUUGUGA